AUGAGGUCUAUUCGAAUUUCCGAUAUUCAAUUUCAACAUAAAAAAGUUAACAAGAAAAAUAACAAAAACAAUAUUAGUUUAGAUAAUGACAAUGAAAUUAGCAGUUCGAGUGUUGGCGCCAAAGCUCCGGUAUUAGAAUGUGGAUGUUAUGGAAAAUUACAUGCACUUUAUAUUACAUGCAUACAAUGUGGAAGAAUUUCGUGUGAAUUAGAAAAGGAAUUAGUAGAAUCAAAAAAGGAAUGCAUAUAUUGUAAAUCAAAGUUAACUAAAGAUGAAGAUGGAGAUCGUAUUCCAAUUGGAUGCGGAAAAGAUGAGGAAAUAGCUCAUUAUUUUCAAGCAUUAGAAAGGAGAGAUAAGUUAUUAGAGUAUGCAAAAAAUUCAACAAAUAGAACGCGAGUUAUUGACGAAGAGACUGACUGGUUCUCAGAGUUUGAAAACCCUUGGAAUACCAGGGAGGAAAGACUUUUGGCGUUAAAAAUGUCAAAGGAAUCUGCUGAAAAUGCAGCAAAAAACAUUGAAAAUAGGCAGAUUACAAUGGAUGAGGGUCAUAAGGCAAGAAGUCAGUUACAUUAUGCAAAGCUAUUGGAGGAAUUUGAACAGAGAAGAGAGAACAAAGCAGAUACAAAUUCUGGUGAAACUGAUACAAAUGUGGAGAAUUUAUUAAGUAUGUUGGGACAAAGAUUGAAGUUUGAAGAUGAAUCCAAGUUUGAGGGCAUUUUUGGGCUCCCUACUAAGGAAGUUCAUAAUAAUGAAUUCUUACCGUUAUCUCUGGAUGAUUCUGUUUGGUCAGAUCAGGAUGAUUAG